UGCACCAAACAAGACAACGAACAACCAAUCACCUUAGUCUUUGUCUUUGUCUCUUCAACCUGCAAAUUCUACUCAACCUUCUUCGUCUUUUCUAUCCUUAAUUGGAUCUCACUCAACCCUCUUUCUCUUUCUCUUCCACCUUAACAACUUGCUUCUCUCUCUUUCUCUUCCAAACUCCCAUAACCAAAACCUCGGAAGAACCAGCAAAAUCACUUAAAACAACUCCAUCGAACAUGGGUUCCAAUCCCUUGUCUGCAUUGACUUCCACAAAGCCCACACCACUCCCAACCCAAGACCAAGACGACCAAGACUCACCUUCAUCAAAAGCUCUUCUCUCUUUCAGCACAGAUUCUUCCGACUCUUCUUCUCCAUCUUCAUCUUCGUCUUCCUCCAAACCCCUCUUCAUCACUCUCAUCAUCAUCACUUGCAUUGCCCUAUCAACAUCCUUCGCCUUCGCCUUUCUCUACUUCUCUUCGAACCCACCAAUCUCUUCCACCGCUCACACCCCUUCUCUCCUCGCUCGCCCUCUCUCCAAACUCAACCGCCCCGUUAUCCUUUUAGUUUCCUCGGACGGCUUUCGAUUCGGUUACCAAUUCAAAGCACCGACACCCCACAUUUCCCGUUUGAUCGCUAACGGAACCGAAGCAGAAGCCGGUUUGAUUCCGGUUUUUCCCUCUCUCACUUUCCCUAACCAUUAUUCCAUCGUCACUGGCCUCUACCCUGCUUACCAUGGCAUAAUCAAUAACCACUUCAGCGAUCCACUUUCUGGGGACGCCUUUUACAUGGGAAGCCAUGACCCCAAGUGGUGGCUUGGGGAACCCCUUUGGGAAACUGUGGUCAACAAUGGAUUAAAGGCUUCAACUUAUUUCUGGCCUGGCUCUGAGGUAAAAAAGGGUCUUUGGACUUGCCCUUUCGAUUACUGUCGCCAGUAUAAUGCUUCUGUUUCGUUUGAGGAAAGGGUUGAUACGGUUUUGGGGUAUUUUGAUUUGCCUAGUCACCAGAUUCCUGAUUUCAUGACCCUUUAUUUUGAGGACCCUGAUCAUCAGGGUCAUAAGGUUGGUGCUGAUGAUCCUGAGAUCACUGAGGCUGUUGCCAGGAUUGACAGCAUGAUGGGGAGGUUGAUUCGGGGUUUGGAGCAAAGAGGGGUUUUUGAUGAUGUUACCAUUAUUAUGGUUGGUGAUCAUGGAAUGGUUGGUACUUGUGAUAAGAAAUUGAUUUUCCUUGAUGAUUUGGCUCCUUGGAUUGAUGUUCAGAAAGAUUGGGUUGUGACACAUACUCCUGUGCUUGCUAUUCGUCCUCCUUCUGGUCACGAUGCAUCGGAUGUUGUUGCUAAAAUGAAUGAAGCGUUGAGCUCGGGGAAUGUUCAGAAUGGCAAGUUUUUGAAGGUGUAUUUGAAGGAGAAUCUUCCUAGUCGGCUUCAUUAUUCAGCGAGUGAUCGAAUUGCACCGAUAAUUGGGUUGAUUGAGGAAGGUUUCAAGGUUGAGCAGAAGAGAACGAAGCGCCAAGAGUGUGGUGGCUCUCACGGUUACGACAAUGCGGUUUUCUCCAUGAGGACCAUUUUCAUUGGACAUGGUCCUCAGUUUGCUAGAGGGAAGAAGAUACCAUCUUUUGAGAAUGUUGAGAUUUACAAUUUGGUUACUUCUAUCCUAAAGAUAAAGGGAGCAACUAAUAAUGGAUCUUCCUCAUUUGCAGAGUCUGUUCUUCUAUCUUCUGCAUAAGACUAAUGGAGUUUUUGUUGGUGAACAGCAUUGCAGAUGUGGAACACUGAGUGAGUAAAAUACUUGAUCUUUAACCUGCAUGAAAGAUAAUUCGCUCUCAGAGUGAUGCUCAGAUCAGAAAUAUGAACAUCCUCAAGAGAAUUAUUCUGUUUGUAAUAAGGUUGUUCGUUCCAGCUAUUUGGUUCAAAAUUGUUGUGAUCAUUAGCACAGUAGAGGGAAAGCUUAGCUUUAACAAUGUGUUAUUUUGGGUAUGUAAGUAAAUAUAUACGAUCACAGGAUUUAAAUUUACCUGAGAUAGGGUGAGAUCCCCAUUUGGAUCUCUGAUCACAGAUUGCCUAUAAACAAGGAUGCACUAAACUGUUCGUUCCCAUCUUUCACUUGUUUUAA